CGCCCCAUGUGACCCGCGGCGCUCUUAAAGGGGCCGCGCCCGCCCGGGGUUUUUUUUGGGGCGAUUUUGGGGGAUUUUGGGGCAUUUUGGGGAAUUUUGGGGCAUUUUGGGGAAUUUUGGGGCAUUUUGGGGGUCCCGGGGUGGCCAUGGGGGAGGAGAACGUUUUCCUGUUCGUGCCCAACCUCAUCGGCUAUGCCCGGAUCCUGCUGGCCGCCGUCUCCUUCGGGCUGAUGCCGACGCGGCCGUGGCCGGCGGCCGUUUGCUACGGGACGGCCGCGCUGCUGGACGCCGUCGACGGGCACGCGGCGCGGGCGCUGGGCCAGGGCUCGCGGCUGGGCGCCAUGCUGGACAUGCUGACGGACCGGCUGAGCUCCAUGUGCCUCCUGCUGAACCUGGCGCUGCUCUACCCGCGUUGGGCGCCGCUCUUCCAGCUCAGCUCCGCCCUGGACCUGGCCAGCCAUUGGCUGCACACGCACUGCUCCGCCCUCCAGGGGGCGGCGUCGCACAAGGCCGUGGGGGGGGAGGGGCACCCCCUGCUGAGGCGCUACUACCAGUGCCGGCCCCUCCUCUUCGGGCUCUGCGCAGCCAAUGAGGGAUUCCACUGCUGCCUCUACCUGCUGCACUGGGGGGAGGGGCCCGCAGUGUUCCCGGGGGGUCCGGGGCUGUUCCGGUUGGUUCUGUGGCUCUCGGCCCCCCUGGCCGCCCUCAAAUCCUUCCUGAACCUUCUGCAGCUGGGCGGGGCCCUGAGGGGCGUGGCCGCCCUGGACGCGGCCGAAAGGGCCCAAAAAUCCUCCUGAGCCCCUCCCCCACCCCCGCCCCUCCCCCACCGACCCCCCACCCCCACCAGGGACGGGGGAGGGGCAAAAAUCCCCCCCCAAAACCCCCCAAAAAUCCCCUCCCCCCCCCAUUGGUGGGGUUUGGGGGCGUGGUCGUGUCAAGCCCCGCCCACUUUGGCCCCGCCCACCGUGAAUAAAGAGGAUUUGGCCCCGCC